GAAACGGAGAGACAAUCCGAAAGGGAGGGAUAGUCGGUGAUACUUUUCACGCACACAGACACACACACACACAUACACACACACGCGGUGUGGGAGGACGACGGACUCGGAGCCUCAGCAGAGCGCCGUUGUUCACACGCUGUGCUCUUUCCCUCCUCCUGGCACGGUGCGCGCUCGCCAAGCCGCACGGUUUGGAGAUAGUCCGCGCGGAAAGUUUUUUUUUUUGGGGGGGGAGCAUACUGUCUGGACCCGAUUAAUUGUGCCAUCUGAUGUUUUUUUUUUAAUUUUUGAGAUGACUCAACUUUUUUUGCAUGUGAAUACUUUUAAGUCGAGCAGUGGACUUGUCAAAGUCGGGGUGUUUUUUUUUGCACAUAAUGGAAAGUAAAUUGACAAGUCGUUUGUGGCGAGGUUCACCGUGUGGAUCUUUCGACAGGUAAACGCGCUAUGACCUGGGAGUGUGAGAGGCUGGAUUUUUAUGUUUCUAACUAUUCUUCGUGGUUUUGUUUUAGAUAUCAUCUAGUGCAGUUGGGGGGUAUUUAGGUGACUCGUAAACUAGGCCGCUUUUAAUUAUAAUAGAAUCGACAUCCGACCUCUGCGCCAGUGGGUUGCCGUAGGUGGGUUUUAUUUGUUGAUGGUAACCGCACCGUCGUGCACGGAUUGGUGACAGGAACCGAUCAUUUCCUACCUUCUUUUAACGUUUUUUUUUUGUUUGGACAUUGUAUGUAUCCCGCUGCCUCCUACAAGCCCUGUAAGCGGUUUGGCGCACGGAGCGCACGCAUUCGAGCGUCCGUGUUCACCGAAGCACCUCACUGAAGGACUUUAGCGUGUCGCUUUUCUUCAACCCGGCCAAACACUUUCCAAACAAAGCCGGAUAAAACGACCAGGCCUAAAUAAAGGGACAACUUUAGUCCCGCUGGCCUGCUGUGGGAUUAUUGGUUUGAUUUCGUCUUCUGAUCGUGGAUUACAUCUCCUAACGGGCCGCUGUCUCCGAUCAGACGGCAGCAUGAACCUUGGUCUGCGCUGUGUGUGUCGGCCGGUCUGCUGGCCCUUUGGCAGCGUAAUGGACUCGAGACAUUGUGUCUUUGCCCUCACAAUCCUCACGCUCCUCAUGCAGGUUGUGGUGGAGGCCAACUCGUGGUGGUCUCUGGCUAUGAACCCUUUGCUGAUCCCAGAGGCCUACAUCAUCGGUGCCCAGCCUCUGUGCAGCCAGCUGGUGGGCCUGUCACAGGGCCAGAAGAAGCUGUGCCAGCUCUACCAGGACCACAUGCAGUACAUUGGUGAAGGAGCCAAAACGGGCAUCAGAGAGUGUCAGUACCAGUUCAGACACCGGCGCUGGAACUGCAGCACGGUGGACAACUCCUCUGUUUUUGGACGGGUCAUGCAAAUAGGCAGCCGAGAAACGGCAUUCACCUAUGCCAUCAGCGCGGCAGGAGUGGUGAACGCGGUGAGCCGCGCCUGCAGAGAGGGGGAGCUCUCCAGCUGCGGGUGCAGCCGCGCUGCUCGCCCCAAGGACUUGCCGCGAGACUGGCUGUGGGGCGGCUGCGGAGACAACCUCAACUACGGCUACAGGUUCUCCAAGGAGUUUGUGGAUGCACGUGAGCGGGAGAAGAGCUACCCGAAAGGCUCAUAUGAGAGCGCCAGGCUGAUGAUGAAUAUUCACAACAACGAGGCUGGAAGAAGGACGGUAUCCGACCUUGCCAACGUGUCCUGCAAGUGCCACGGGGUGUCCGGCUCCUGCAGUCUGAAGACCUGCUGGCUGCAGCUGGCUGACUUUCGCAAGGUGGGCGACGCGCUGAAGGAAAAGUACGACAGCUCUGCAUCCAUGAAGCUCAACUCGCGUGGAAAGCUGGUGCAGAAGUUCAGCAAUUUCAAUGCUCCCACCAACCACGACCUGGUGUACAUCGAGUCCAGUCCAGACUACUGCCUGAAGAACCAAAGCACGGGCUCCUUGGGAACGGUGGGGCGCCUUUGCAACAAGACCUCGGAAGGCAUGGAUGGGUGCGAGCUGAUGUGCUGCGGCCGCGGUUACGAUCAGUACAAGGCCCAGAUAGUGGAGCGCUGCCACUGCAAGUUCCACUGGUGCUGCUAUGUCAAGUGCAAGCGCUGCACCAAAAUCGUAGACCAAUUUGUCUGCAAGUGAGAAGAGCGCUGCCCAUGUGUGCUUGCCUGCAGACGAUGGGCGUACACCGGCCUGUGUAAAUGCCAGCAAAGGAGUUGAACACAGAAAGAAUAGAGGAGAAAAAAAGAAACUAUAUAAAUUAUAUUUAUAGAGUUAAACAAAUAUACCAUUGCAAAAAGACUGACUUUUUUUUCCAACAAAAAAAAAAUCGUAUGUCUUCAGAAACUAAGAGUAUUGUGAAAUAUUUAUUUUGAGAUGGUUUUAUUUUGGCCUAGUCUUCACCAGUUGAAUUUUUUUUUUUUUAUACCCAUUCAAGUGCCUAAAACGGGCUGGAAACCCCCACCUAACCCCCCACCUUUUUUUCAUAACAGAAAAUGCAGUUGUUCUUUUACGAUGGAUCACACUUAUUGUGAAAUUGGAUUGUGCGUUCACGUUUUUUUUUUUUUUUUAAGAAGAAUACGGUUUGGUAAAUGUGGCAUAAUUUACUAAGGGGUCCUGGUUUGUUGUUGGAUAAUAACUGUGCUGAGAGGACUUUAUGUUCUGUAGUGUCUGGAUGUGAUUUCAUGGACCCAGUCCCGUACCAGCCUUCACAUCCCAACCAAAGUCCACUCCUUGCUUCACGACAUGCAGAGUAAGGAACACUUGAAGUACAAUGGGUAGAAUAUGAGGGCAGUUUUGGGGAGUGGGCCAUUUAUUAAGCUCUCCCAGAAGCCUUAGAAUUCCCUGGGUGCUGCAACAACCCCUCCAUCAUUAUGCACUUUGAUACAGUGGCUUAAAUAUGUCUGUUCAGCUGUCUUUUAUUUUAAUUUUACAAUUCAUCAGCAAAUAUAUCAAUAAUAUAGUCUACAUUCUUUUCCAUAUUAAUUCAGAUAAUCCAUUUAACAUUAUUCUAAAACACUUAGUAUGGUUUGAGUAUAUAUGGGCGAUGUUGUGGUUACAAUGGGGAAAUAUUCCAUGCUAUGUGAAUAGUAUGUCUAUCCAACCAAUAGACAUGUCUAUCCAAUCAGUAAACUGUAUUUAUUUCUCUCUAACCAGACGCUCCUCUAAGCUUUAAACAGAGAAGCGUCAUCUCCAUCACAGAUCAAGAGUCGAGAAAAAGAUCAAUAGUCGGACAUCCUGAAAUCCCUGCUUUUUAAAAUUGUGUUCUCACUAAUGUGGCUCCUCACUUUUUUUGUAAAGGGAAAUGCACCUUAUUGAUUCAAGACACACACACUCCUUCUCACUCAUGUUCAGCUUUACUGCAACACACAAAUACACUUGUUUCACAGAUGACUUUAGGAUUGCUAUCCUCACUUAAGAUGUCCUGUACCACUCAGUUAACUGCUAACUAUCCCUGUGAUGAUUCUCAAUAGACAGACUAUUUCUACAAAUCCAAAUAUGUAUAUUUAUAAGCUUCUCCAUGAAUUUGAGGUUUGUUAAACGUAAUGUGUUAUAGCUGAUAUUUUAUUACUUUUUACAAAUUGGCUCAAUGCUCUACCUUGUUUCAAUAAAUAUCAAAUGUAAAACCAGCA